AUGGCCAAAAGACGGAAGCUCGCCCACCCGCCCGCCGCGCCAAAACGACCCUCCGCACGCCCGCAGCCCAAGGACAAGAACCAGCCAAAGGGCCCCGGCGCAAAGGCAAAGAAGAAGCAGCAGCACCGGCAGCAGCAGCACGACGAGCCCGUCAUCCCCUUCAGCCGCCACGACCGCAUCCUGCUGGUCGGCGAGGGCGACCUGAGCUUUGCUGCGUCCAUCAUCGAGCACCACGGAUGCACAAACGUCACGGCCACGGUGCUGGAGAAGAACCAUGCCGAGCUCGUCGCAAAGUAUCCCGCUGUGGACGCCAACAUUGCCGACACCGAAUCUAAACCACCCACCAUCACCAACAAGCUCAUCUACAACGUCGACGCAACCAAACUACCCCCCUCCGUCGCCCGCUCCCCCCACGACCGCAUCAUCUUCAACUUCCCCCACGUCGGCGGAAAGUCCACCGACGUGAACCGCCAGGUGCGCUACAACCAGGAGCUCCUCGUCUCCUUCUUCCAGCGCUGCCUCGCCUCCCCCCGCGCGCCGCUCGCCCCCGGCGGCUCCGUCGUCGUCACCCUCUUCGAGGGCGAGCCGUACACCCUGUGGAACAUCCGCGACCUCGGCCGCCACGCGGGCCUGCAGCUCGAGCGGAGCUUCCGCUUCCAGGCGGCGGCGUACCCGGGGUACCACCACGCGCGGACGUUUGGCGUCGUGAGGAACAAGAAGGGCGAGGAGAGCGGCGGCUGGAAGGGCGAGGAUCGGCCGGCGAGGAGCUUUGUGUUUAUGAGGAAGGAGGAGGUGGAGGGGCAGGCGAGGAAGAAGCGGAAGCGAAGUGGCGACGAUGAUUCCUCGAGCGACGAAGACGACGAGUGA